GGGAUAGACUAAAAAAAAAAAAAAGUGACACAUAAAUGGGACAGAGGAGUAAUAAAUAGUAGAUCUAAAUAAUUUAAGAAAUACAUGAGUUCGAUGCUAAAAUCAGUUAAGGUUGAACUCAUGAUACAGGUUAAAUCCUUGAUCCGCCUCUAUCACCCCCACCUCCUCUAAUGUUCCCUCCCUUUUUGGACUUUGGACAUUAACGAACUUUAACUUUUCCCAUAUUAUAUAUUCCUCUUAAGCCCAAGAGAAGUCUUUCAUGAAAGAGAACUAGAGCAACAUAGAUUUGGCCUAUAUUCUUCUGUUAUUAUCAUGGCCAUAAACUACUCCUUACUUAAUGAAGUAAUCUGCAGCUAACAACUGGAGUACUAAACACACAGAAUUAUGGGUGGUAUGAAGGCUUUCUUGGGGGCUCUUGUUUUACUUUGUUUACUGUGGCUCAUUUUGUAUGGGAUUUUAGUCAAUCAGGAAACCAAAACAAUCACUGCUACGGCUAUCAAUCGUUUAGAUAUUUGGAAGAUAAUACAAACUGAAAAGUAUUAUCUUCAAAAGAAUUCAAAUCUCAAUUACGUGAGACAAAGAAGAGUGUCUACUGGAAUAUUGAAUGCCAUCCCGAAUAGGAAAGCAGGGAAAGUAGCCAGGGGUGCCACCAAAACAGUCACUGCUAGAGCAACCAAACAUGUAGAUGUUCGGAAGAUACUAGAAGCUGAGAGGCAAUAUCUUCAAAGAAAUCCAAAUGUCAAUUAUGUGAGCAAAAGAAGAGUGCCUACUGGACCAAAUGCCAUUCACAACAGUUUAUGUUUCUUGGUUUUCAGGAAAGUAGGGGAAUAUAGAGAGCCACCCACUCGAGCUUGAGCUUAGGAAGACACCUAAAAGUAGUACUCCAGUAAAGAGUAACAAGGUCAAUCAACCAAAUUUACAACAUACAAUGAUGUGAUGACAAGUGGGUGUUUCAUUAGAAUGUGCUCUUAUUUCAUUUUAUGUGGCAAUGCUACUAUUUGGAGAACCAUAAAGGUUUUCUUUGAUCACGAUUUUCUUAAACAUUAUAGAUUAUUAAUACAUACUUUUUGUGUAGCUUUCAAAUUUGUAAAUUUUAGUACAGUUUUUUUUUUUUUAAAUGAAGCUCUAAAACAGUCUCGCUACCUUUCAUGGUAAGGGUGAGGUCUAUUUUGACUCUACCCUCCCCAAGCCCCUGUGUUGUUUUUGUAGUUUUUUUAUGAAUCUAUGUUUGAACCCUGCCACACUGGAGAUGCCAUUUGUAGAAAAGGUAACUUACGAUGCACUACACGAAUGAAAUUCUAAGCAAUGAGACUUAAAUUAAAGAGGGAAAGUAGGUUGGCAAGCAAAACCUUUCAAGACUGAUGAAAGAUGAAACAAGUAUGUGAUUUGAAUGUAAAAACUAUUGACUUUUUCUUUUUUAAGUGGUGUGAUUUAAUUUAUGAUUUGGACACUGAAAAGGAACGACAGAAACAUUGAUAAACGCAUGUAAGAAUGGGAUGUUUCCAAGAAAAUAAUUAGUUUUGGGGAGUCUUUCUUGA